GGGUUUGGACGAAAAUAGUAGUAUUUUGGGACACAUGGAAAUGGAUGAGGGGGUAUUAUUGUCAUUGACGUAAACUUUUGCCACAUGAAACAUUUCCGUGUCUCUCUCCGUCUUCUCUUAAAUUCAAGAGAAUAACAGCAAUCAUCACUACCUUCGCUUCUCAGUUCUCAGUUCUCAGUUCUCCCUUUGCUUUCCUUCCUCAAAAACCUCCCAAGAAUCCUAACCAUUUCUUAAUCUUCGUUUCGAUUAUCCAACUCUCUGCUCUUUACAUACACCUAGAUUCACACAGACAUUCACACUUCAAAUUCAACAGGUCGCAACUACGAUAAUGGCUGAUUCGGGGAGCUUCGCUGUUUCCCGAAACGAUACCGGCGAUCGCUUGUGUAACUAUCUGAAUAUUCAUCGCCAUCAAAAUCAAUCGUGUCAGCAGCAUCAGUUACGUAGACAUAAUCAUCACCACCAGCUUCAUGAAACAGCGGUGGCGGUGGCGGACGCCGACAAUCGAACUGACUCCGACGAUUCUAAUGCUGCAUUGUCGACGCGUUCAUUGAUUUCCGCAUCUUCUUUGUCUUUCCCUUCAAUACCGCCAACUAACGUCACUAACCUGGAUAGUUUUCUGGACUCCGUCACUCCAAUCGUUGCCACCCAAAAAUCGUCGGAGACGAAUGUAACAUAUUAUUGCCUUGGAGAUCUGUGGGAAACUUUCAGAGAACCAAGUGCGUUUGGAGCUGGAGUUCCAUUGUUGUUGUUUGGUAGACACCCAAUCACACAGUAUUAUGUUCCAUUUUUGUCUGGUAUUCAGCUCUACAUUGAUCCUCAGAAUCCCCAUAUCAAUCUCAGUUCUGCUGGCAGGUGUCCAGGUGAAGAAAAUGAUAAUAAUCUGAUGAGGGCCAAAAGUAUGUGGAGAUCAUCAUCAUCAUUAUCAUCAUCAUCAUCAUCAUCAUCAUCAUCGCAUGGAAGACUUGUUUUUGAAUAUAUGGAACAAGAGCAGCCACAUUCUCGGAGGCCUUUAGCAGAUAAGAUUUGGAAUCUUGCAUCUGGAUUCCCAGGGCUGAUCAACUACAGGAGCUGCGAUCUAUCACCUUCAAGCUGGAUAUGUGUGGCUUGGUAUCCAAUCUAUCGGAUACCUGUGGGCCCAACAUUGAAGGAUCUAGACGCAUCUUUUUUAACCUUUCAUUCCCUGUCAACACAAACACAGCCUCAAGAGGAGGCUGAUGAUCGGCUUCAUCUGCCAGUAAUUGGGCUGGCUUCCUACAAGCUAAAAGGCUCAGUUAUAAGUCCGAAUGCCCCAAAGGAAUGUCAACAACAUAAUGCUCUUUUUCAGGCUGCUACAAACUGGCUUAACAAUUUGCAAGCUCUUGCUCUUCUCCCCGAUUAUCUGUUUUUCCUCAAUCGCUACCAUUCACAAUGACCACAUUUCAAAUCUCUACCUAUAAUAUAAAAUAUAAAUGUAUACAUAACCAAUAUCAUUUCACCUAAUAACUAAUAAUAACCUAUCCACCUUUUGGUUUAUGGAUUUUUUUUUAUUUAGGCAAAAUGCUUGGAAGGGUGUUAGUGUUGUACGUUAAGAUUUUGGACAAUUCUUUUCCAGUAGUCGAAAUACACACACAUACAUACAUACAUACAUACAUAAAUACGAAAAGUGCUUAGCUAGGCUUAUAAUAUUGUAUUUGUGGAUCAUGGAUGCA